AGCUGGGUGGAUGACAAGACCCCCUGGACCACGCGCUACGGCUCCAUCGCGGGACUGGCUGAGCUGGGCCACGACGUGAUCAAGACGCUGAUCCUGCCGCGGCUGCCGGCCGAGGGCGAGCGCGUGCGGAACAUUCUGGAAGGGCCGGUGGUGAGCACCAUCGACCGCAUCGGCGCCGACCACGUGCAGAGCCUGCUGCUGAAGCACUGUGCCCCCGUGCUGGCCAAGGCGCGCCCCCCCCCCGACAGCCCCGAGUGUUACCGGGGGGAUUUCGGGUACCUGGGGGGGCUCCUCUGCUCCCACGUGGUGAAAGCGCGGGCACAGGCGGCACUGCAGGCCCAGCAGGUCAACAGGACCACCCUGACCAUCACCCAGCCGCGCCCCACGCUGACGCUGUCUCAGGCCCCGCAGGCCCCGGGGGGGCCCCCGCGCCCCCCCAGCAUCAUCAAGGUCCCCAGUGCCAUCGCCCUGCCCGUCCCUGUCCCCGUCCCUGUCCCCACGCUGGCCUCGGGCCGCCCCGGGACCCCCACCCAGCCCUCGCCACCCCCCCCCAAAUUCAUCGUCAUGUCCUCGGCCAGCAGCGCCAGCCAGCAGGUGAUCACCCUGAGCACGUCCCCCGCGCCCACGGCCACCUCCCCCGUCACCACCACUGUCCCCAGCGUGCAGCCACUGGUCAAACUGGUGUCGGGUCCCGCCGUCCCCGGCGCCGCCGCCACCGGUGCCAGCGGCGGUGCCAGCGGCGGUGCCAGCGGCGCCGUGCAGAAGUACAUCGUGGUGUCCCUGCCCGCCGCCGGGGACGGCAAAGGUGCCACCGCCCCCAGCGCCCCCGCCCCGCACAUGUCCCCAAGUGCCACCGGCGGCUCCCCGGUGGCCGCCGCGCCCAAGGCGGAGGUUGGGGACAGUCCCCAAGGGCCGGCGGCCACCGCUGUCACCUUGGGCAAAGCCAACGGGACCCCCGGGGCCGGGACACAGGAGGCACCGGGCGGGCAGUGACAGGGACAGGGGUGGCACCGGGGUGGCACCAGGGUGGCCUCGAGGUCCCCAAGGUGGCCUCAGGGUCCUCAAGGUGGCCCCAGGGUUCCCGAGGUGGCCUCAAGGUCCCCAAGGUGGCCUCAAGGUCCUCAAGGUGGCCCCAGGGUCCUCAAGGUGGCACCGGGGUGGCCCCAGGGUCCCUGAGGUGGCCCCAGGGUCCCCAAGGUGGCCUCAAGGUCCCCAAGGUGGCCUCAGGGUCCCCAAGGUGGCCCCAGGGUCCUCAAGGUGGCCUCAAGGUCCCCAAGGUGGCCUCAAGGUCCUCAAGGUGGCCCCAGGGUCCCCGAGGUGGCCCCAGGGUGGUCCCGGGGUGGUCACAGGGUGGUCCCCAAGGUGGCACUGGGGUGGUCUUGGGGUCCUCAAGGUUCCCAGAGUGUCCCCGAGGUGGCCCCAGAGUGUCCCCAGGGUGGUCCUGGGGUCCUCAGGGUGUCCCCGUGCUGGUCCCGGGGUGUCCCAGGAGUCCCCAGGGUGUCCCCAAGGUGUCCCCAGGGUGUCCCCAAGGGCAGGCAGCCACCCCCAGGCUGGGGACAAGGG